GCGCGCACCUCCGCCGUCUUGGGUGAUGGACCCACCUGACUACGACCCAGUCAGUCCCGACGAUUCCCCGCCGCCCUUGCCCGAAGGCCCCCCGCCUCUCUCAGCCAGGCGCCCUCCUGGCAGACCCCCUCUUCCCGCCGUCCUGCAGGACCGCGUCAACAAGCAGGCGUUCAGGCCCCUGCCCGACGCCCCUUCGGAGACCACCGAGGGCGCCGAGGAUCCCAUCGGUAUUUACUGUGAAAUCGAGGACGACAUGCUGGAGGCCGGGAGGGAGAGCUACGAGCAGAGGCUGGCCGAAGAAAACGAGAAGAACUGGAACCUGACGAGCAACGCCAACAAGCCCCGGGCCGUGUCCUCCGAAGGCGUGCCAAGCGACCUGCAGUCUUUGAGCAGCAGGAUGUCCUCGAACUCCCUCGUUGGCUCUUUGAGUGACGAGAUUUUCAUGAACAUAUCCGAAAAUAGUUCCACGCACGCCCUUCCGCAUAAGUUUUCCCUCAGAUCGUCCACUCCGAAGACCCCACCGAAGCUGCCGCCGAAGGGCAUUCCGUACCCGCAGGCGACAGAUGACGACUCGGAGUACAAAGUGCCCACAUCGGCCAUUGCAGACACGGAAUAUCAGAUUCCAAGCUCGAACCCGGUGCCCACUGAUACCGAUGACGCAAGAGAAAGAAAUUCUGUGGGGGAGAUUUCGGCUCCCUUGGCCAUGCAGACAUACCAGGUACCUUCAUCACAGGCACUCGUUCCCAUCAAACCAAAAUGCAAUGACAGAAAGAACUCAAUCGUAGAGGAAGAAGCGAAGCCGUUGACAUCUUUCUUCAGCGGCAAGGAGGACACGAAUCCCAAGAACAAUCUCAAGGCUCUGACGAAGCGAUUUGAGAUGAAGACCAACUCGCUGCCCGGAGAGGACGUCAAGGAAGAGAAGAGGACCCCCAACCAGGGCACUUCGGUGAAGGACAUGAUCGCGCGACUCAACCAGAAUAAGAGUCAGGUAGAAAAGGACAUCAAGUCUAAAACCCGCGAGGAGCCAGUGCGACCGCUGAGUUCGUCGAAGAGCGCGAGCGCCGUGUUCCAGGUGACCCCCCAGCCCCAGGAGGCCGUACCCCCGGCGGCGGAAGCUGAAUCGAGGUUCGCCAAGCCGGCGCUGCCGCCGCGGCCACACAACCUCGCCAACGGGGCAACGUUAGUCGUAAAGCCAAGAGCAAGUGAAGACAAUAGGAACUGUGACUCGGCCUCCAGGAGCGCCUCGGACGACGAUUACUACGAGACGCCAGACGACAGCAGCUUAGAAAGCGCCUCGCAGAGAAAUUCCCAAGAUAUGGCAAAAGAUUCCUUCGGCGACACAUCCAGUGGAGAAUACUACGUCGCGAAGUUUGCCUUCGUCGCCACCAUCGACCAGGCCCUGAGCUUCAACCGCGGAGACGCCAUCUUGGUCCACGACGUGACAAGCAGCACUGGGUGGUGGAGAGCGACACUCAAGGGACGCACCGGUCUCGUACCCAGGGAAUACCUCAAGAAAAAGGAACAGUGAUUAAAAUCCCCAUUCUAAAAGACAGUGUCUCUCUCGUAUAUUUACAUUACGUUGGUGUCAAGAUAUAAUUGUUAGAGAGAUAGCUGGCUGUUUUGUUAUGUCACUGUCACAGCUGGUCUGGUAUAUUCACACAGUACAAAACAGAAGAUGAUGGCAAGAUGUUCGUAUGCAGUUCAUAAAGAAAUAUGAAAGUGUAUGUUGUCAGUUACACACCAUGUGAGAAGUGUGAAAGGAUUUCUGUAUCAGAGUAUCAUUUGCUCUCUCAGUAAGCUAAGUUCCAUGGUGCCUUACAGAUACUGUAUCUAAAAGCUGAAAAAGUUCUGGUAACAAGGUGCAGUGCAGAGAAUGUCAUGUACAUAGAUGUGGUGAGACUGUGCAUGUGUCUUUUAAUUAUUAUGCAUACAUCUAUUAUCUCAUGCUGUGCUUUUCUACAAUGAAUAAUAUUUAUUCAGGCAUUCCAAAGAACGAAAUACUCGUAGAUUACAGCUUGUUCGGAAAAAUUGAUUAAUGAACCUUCUAUAAAUUUUUGCUAACUGGUUUCAUUACGAAAAUAAAUUACGAUUGGUGUCAUACAUUCUAAAAAAGAACACAUACAAGCGGGAAAACACACACACACAAAACCUGCCUUUGGAAAUGUUGGUAUAGCAAUAUAGCAGUGACAUUUUUCAAAGCAGUGAGGAAGACAACCAAAACAAGGGAUUCGUGUAAAUACCUGCAGACCUUCAACAUGCAAAGAAGCUGAAAGUGUCCGAUUUUCUUCCUAGUCAGAGGAUAUUCCUGUUCUCUCUUUUCUCGUCUCACAAUAUUCAAUGCAUGCCCGUCACAAUAAGUAAAAUGUCCACUGUGUAUCUCUUUGUAUGUGUAUCCCUAUUGUAUUAUAUACCAAAGAAUCUUUAGCACAUACUAGAUUCCUGAAAUGCCGAAUCUUGUUAGAAAAAUCUUGUGAGACUAUCGAGAAAAAAAUAUAAUAUGGACUUGAAUACUUUACCAAUUUUCUUUUUUUCAUGAGUGAUGUCGAUACAUAAUGUAUAUGGUGCUUGUAGUUGUCAAGGUUACAUGCUAGAUAUGUUUCCGAGAUGAAACACAAUAAUUAGGAUAAUUAAUGUAUGGUAAUAUCGAUGAAUUCUGACAUACAUAAUUUUGUCAACAAAUUAUGUGUUAGAUUUUCUAAUUUUGUCUAGAUAAGCUUGUAUAUUUUAUUAAGUAGACCGAUAUUAUUUGUAAAUCCUUUUCAAUAGUGAACUUGUUAUUUUUUAUGCAUUUUUGUCACAUUGCUAUGAGUCUCAACUAGUCUGCAAUGCCAAAUAUAUUAAUGUACGAUAUGAUGCAAUAGGCUGAUUGAAUUAUUGGUAUUAUCUGUAGUUAAAUCAUGCCAAAAACUCAUUAUGUACUAGACACACUGCAAUAAAAGAAUCUAUGAA